CAAAAUAACAACAAAAUAAUACAAUGAAGAACCCACACAACCAAACAAAACCACUUAAAAAAUAUCGACUAACGACAUUGUUUUGCUGUUAAACACAAAUCCCUCCGGACAAGAAGUGUUUGUAACAUGGCGAUGCGUGUUUCACCCCAUUCCUUUUUUCCGUCUUUCAGUAAUGCAAGGGAAGUUAUUGCACAUUUUAUGACAGAUGUUGUUCAUACAGCUACCAAACAUUGUAAAUUUCAUGGGAAAACAACAGCAUUAUCCUUUAGAGGUUCUGUUAGAUAUAUGCAGACUGUGUGUCGUAUAUCAGCUCCUGGCACCACUUGGGAAGGAGCUAGUAAUCCACCUUCAGUUCCUUUAAAAGACAGAAAAGUGGUCCCUGAAUCAGACCCACCAAGCACUAGAGAUGUUAAUCUUUUGUACGAAUUUUUCGAUAAAAGUACAAAACUUGUUGCGUUGACUGGAGCUGGGAUAAGCACAGAAUGCGGUAUUCCCGAUUACAGAAGCCCAAAUGGAGCUUACAGUACUGGUUUCAAGCCGAUUACUCAUCAGCAAUUUACCCGUUCUAGUCGUGCACGAAGGCGGUAUUGGGCAAGAAGUUAUGCAGGAUGGAGGAAGUUUAAUGAAGCUAAGCCUAGUCCAGCUCAUACUGCAUUAGCAUCUUUAGAGAAAGCCAACCGAAUUAGUUUUAUGAUUACACAAAAUGUAGACAGGUUGCACCAUCGUGCUGGUAGCAGCCCCCUUGAAUUACACGGGACUGUCUAUAUCGUUGCCUGUGUGGAUUGUGGGUUUUCUUUUCCACGAGAAUCAUUUCAAGACCAAUUGAAAUCCUUAAAUCCAAAGUGGGCAGCGGCUAUAGAAAAUCUGGCUUAUGACAGCAAUUCAGAUAAGAGUUUCGGGAUGAAGCAGAGACCUGAUGGUGAUAUUGAAAUUGAUGAAAAAUUCUGGGAAGAAGAUUUCAACAUACCGACAUGCUCAAAAUGUAAUGGAGUACUUAAACCCGAUGUUGUGUUUUUUGGUGAUAACGUACCAAAAGAUAGAGCUAAUAUGGCAAUGGAAGCUGCUAAAGGUUGUGAUGCUUUCUUAGUUCUUGGUUCAUCAGUCAUGACCAUGUCUGCUUUCCGACUGGUUAGAGCAGCUCAUGAGGCUGGUGCUGCAACAGCAAUUAUAAAUAUAGGUGAGACUCGGGCUGAUGAUAUCGCAGAUUUGAAAAUCAAUGCACGGCUAGGAGAGAUUUUACCACGGCUGCUAAACACUGGCUCGCUUUGUGUUCCUGCCAUCCGAGACACUGUACAGGGCAACAAAUACUAAGACAUUAGUUCUGGGCUGGAACCUAAAUUAGUCAAUUUAUGAUAUUGACUCCAUCACAGCUCUUCUCAGGUUGCUGCAUAUAUUGAGAUCGUACAGUUGGCUUGACGAUAUGGUACAAAGUAUUUGUUGUUCAUAUAUUUGACCAUACGUGAACCAAAAUAAAAGGUUUUGGUUCUUGUUGUUUGUUUAUGUUUUUUUAAAUUUGUAUUCUAGUUCAACAUGCUACAAUAAAUUAGCCUUAGUAUAAGCACCAUGUAAAAAUGUAUCAUUUAUAUUAUAUGAUAUCUAAACAAAUUAAUGUAUGAAUAGUUCUAUGGAUUAUUUAACAUAUAUCAAAUGAUUGGAUUGAUCAUA